AUGGAUAGAGAAUAUUUAAUACGAGCUUUACGAGCUACUACUUGCUCAACUAAUCAAGAAGCGACAGCAUAUCUUGAACAGAACGUCAGGCUCUCAGGCUUUACUCCUCUUUUGCUUCAUAUUAUUAUGGAUGAUGGAUUAGAUGGUUCCUCCAGACAGGCGGCAGUGAUUUAUUUUAAGAAUGUGAUUAACAGGUAUUGGGUCAUAGAUGAGGAGGACAAGCAGUCAUUUUGUCUGUCUGAGCAAGAUAAGCAUCUUAUUCGUGAACUGAUAGUAGAUGCUAUUGUAUCUACACCAGAAGCUGUUCGAGUUCAACUAUGUACGACAGUUGGAGUGAUUACGAGACACGAUUUCCCGAAAAAUUGGCCUUCUCUUUUACCAAAAGUUGCUACUCUAUUACAUUCCGUAGAUGGGCCAUCUUGGUUAGGAGCUUUAUUAGUAAUACGACACCUGGUAAAGCUUUACGAAUAUCGCCGAGUAAAAGAAAAGUUACCAUUAGUAGAAGCAAUGAAUGUGUUAAUGCCAUUGCUUCUAGAACGUUUAAUCACUCUGAUGCCUGACGUGUCUCAGGAGUCGUGCUUGCUGCAGAAACUGAUUCUGAAAAUAUUCUAUGGUCUUGUUCAGUUUUCUUUGAAUUUGGAAAUGUUUGAUGGUCAGUCUCUUUCGCAAUGGUUGGAGCAGUUUCGAUUUAUCAUUGAAAGAUCAGUACCUGAGGAAGUGAAUGCGAUUGAUGAAGAUGAUCGUGAAAGAACAGUAUGGUGGAAGUGUAAAAAAUGGGCAUCUGCCAUUGUUGAACGGAUGUUUGAAAGGUAUGGUUCUCCUGGGCAAGUUCAGCUUCAUUAUUCUACAUUUGCGGAAAACUUUAUUACGCACUUUGCAAUUCCAAUAUUGAAUACGUGUUUGCAAGUUCUGGAUAGCUACCGAAAUGGGCAUUAUGUGUCAUCUAGAGUUCUCUACUCUUUGUUGCAGUAUAUUGAUACUGCUACUUCGCAGUCAAGGACUUGGAAAGUAAUCAAACCUCAUUGUCAAGAAAUUGUACGUAGUGUGCUAUUUCCGUUACUCAAAUAUUCGAAUGAAGAUGAUGAGCUAUGGAAUGAUUCUCCAGAAGAAUUCAUACGCAUUAAAUAUGAUGUUUACGAUGAGUUACACAAUCCAUCCGUAGCAGCAGCUAAUGUACUGACAGGUUUUGCAAGGCGAAAGUUUAUGCUUCAACCUAUUAUGGAGUUCACUUUAAGUAAUCUCACUUCUCAGGAUAUAGAUGUACGUGAUCAAGAAGGUGCUUUGCGAGCGCUAGGAGAACUCUUCACUGCUCUCACAAAAAGCAAGAAAUAUAAAAAUGUAAUCGAUGGAUUGAUGGAAAGACUCAUAAUUCCAAAAAUAACCCAUCCGGUACGAUUUAUACGGUCGAGAGCAUGCUGGACUGUCAAGCAAUUCGCUUGUGGUAAGUUGUCGGGUGCGCUCAUUGCACGCAUUUAUGAAGAGUUGGUUAACAGGUUAGCUGAUGCUAAUGAGGAACUGCCAGUGAAAGUUGAAGCGGCAAUAGCUGUACAGUACAUGUUAGAAGCACAAACAGCUUACCGUUCAGUUCUGAAACCACAUGUUCGCACUGUAAUUAUUGAAGUAUUGCGGUUGGUAGCUAAAGCGGAAAUCGAGGAACUGACGGGUGUAAUGGAAGUUUUAGUAGAAGAUUUUGUUGAUGACAUCAUUCCUAUUGCUGUAGAUGUCGCAGCAGAGUUGGCAAACAUCUUCUUGCAACUUUCGACUACAGUGAAUGAAGAAGAUGAUCGGACUGUGGCAGUAAUGGGAGUACUAACUACAUUAGGUUCAGUGCUAGAUAUGGUUGAAGAUAAUCAACUUAUUCUUCAUCACAUUGAAGAACAAGUUCGUAAGGUUAUCAAGUCCGUAUUGAGUCGUAAUCAAAUCGAGUAUUAUGAAGAAGUUUUGGCACUGACAAAUUCGUUAAUUACUUACUCAGUAAGUGAACCGAUGUGGGAAAUAUUUAUGGAUAUUCAUAAACUGGUAAUUACACAGGAGGGAAUGGCUUUUACAGAUGUUAUGCCUGUGUUGCAUACAUAUCUGACAGUAAAUAGUGAUAGUUUUCUGGCUCGACCAGAGCGUGUCAGAGCUUUCGUAGAAAUAGCUGUCAGUAUGUUUAGAGAAGAUGCAGAUGAAAGUGAUGAAGUACAUGCAGCGAAACUGAUCGAGUGCCUUAUUCUCGAGUGUCAGGGCAAAAUCAACAAUCUAGUGCCAAACCUCGUUCAAUUAAUUCUUACUCGAUUACAUCAGCCGAUUGAAAACUGUAGAACACUAAAACCAGCACUUCUAAUGGUCGUAAUAGCGGGUUUGUAUUACGAUGUGGAUAUGUUUAUCAACUUAUUACCUCAACUGCAACCUCAUGGAAACAAUACAUUGAACUAUUUGGUCAACGAACUUUUAUCAGUAGCUCGUUAUUUGGAAGGCGUUCAUUGUCUUAAAAUGACUGUAAUAGGUCUGUGCACGAUGGCGAGGUUGCCUGUUCUGCAUAGACCAACUUUGAUAGAUGAAAAGGCGCAGAAAAUCAAUGAAUUGAUCGUUUUGUUGCUAACUGGACUUCAGAAAGCAAUGACAACUAAAGCGGGGAAUCGCAUAGCGAAUGAAAAGAAAUCUGGUGGUAAGGAUGAGGAAGAAGUCGAACGAGACGAAGAUUUAUCGGACAGUGAAGACGAAAUAGAUGAAGAUAUUCUUGAUUAUUUGGAAGCUUUGGCUGAACAUCAAAAAAAGAAAGAAAGAACUGAAAGCGAUGUUCAAACAUUAGAGUCUGAUGCAUCGACAACUUCAGACAGUUGUGAUGAUGACUCAAUGGAAGCAUACUUUACCCCUCUUGACGAUGAUGAUACCACAGAUGUAUUCAUUUUCUACAUGGAAACACUUAACGCAUUAAGAAGUAACGAUGAAGGACUCUUCUACUCAAUGACCACAUGUACUGAUAAUGAAAAGCGAAUGUCGCUGGAAAGGUUACUACAGGUGUGUAAACAGCGAAUUUCUUUGGCAAAGAGCAAGAAAGUUGAACAGCAGGGGGGAUAUGCUUUUAAUGUAAACGCAACGGUACCUGACACAUUCAAUUUUGCUACUAGAAACUCGAAUUGA